GGUUGGGGGUGUCACGUGGGCCGGGGCGGGCGGCGAGACUCUGGGCCCAGGGUGCCCCGGGCCGCCUGCUCCCGCGCCUGCUGCCUGGGCCUUUGCUUCCGCGCGCCGUCAGGGCCCCAGACGCUCCAGGCUGGGUGCGCUUCUGAGUGCCCCACGCGGGCCAUGGAUGGCGAGACUGCGGAGAAGGGCGGCCCUGCAUUCCCACCUGGGGCCCUCGGUGAAUCCGGAGUGGGUGGUGCUCCAACGCGGAGGGAGCCCAAGAAGUAUGCCGUUACCGAUGACUACCAGUUAUCUAAGCAGGUGCUGGGUCUAGGAGUCAACGGCAAGGUGCUGGAGUGCUUCCAUCGGCGCACUGGGCAGAAAUGUGCCUUGAAGCUCCUGUACGAUAGCCCCAAGGCCCGGCAGGAGGUGGACCAUCACUGGCAGGCCUCGGGUGGCCCCCACAUUGUGCGCAUCAUAGAUGUGUAUGAGAAUAUGCAUCACGGCAAGCGCUGCCUCCUCAUCAUCAUGGAAUGCAUGGAAGGUGGUGAAUUGUUCAGCAGGAUUCAGGAGCGUGGCGACCAGGCAUUCACCGAGAGAGAGGCUGCAGGGAUAAUGCGGGACAUUGGCACUGCCAUUCAGUUCCUGCACAGUCAGAACAUCGCCCACCGAGAUGUCAAGCCUGAAAACCUGCUCUACACAUCCAAAGAGAAAGAUGCUGUGCUUAAGCUCACUGACUUUGGCUUUGCCAAGGAGACCACCCAAAAUGCCUUACAGACACCUUGCUACACGCCCUACUAUGUGGCCCCUGAGGUCCUGGGUCCAGAGAAGUAUGACAAGUCCUGUGACAUGUGGUCCCUGGGGGUCAUCAUGUACAUCCUCCUGUGUGGCUUCCCACCUUUCUAUUCCAACACGGGCCAGGCCAUCUCCCCAGGGAUGAAGAAGAGGAUCCGCCAGGGCCAGUACGGCUUCCCCAAUCCUGAGUGGUCCGAGGUCUCUGAGAAUGCCAAGCAGCUGAUUCGUCUACUGCUGAAGACGGACCCUACAGAGAGACUGACCAUUAUGCAGUUUAUGAACCAUCCGUGGAUAAAUCAAUCAAUGGUGGUGCCACAGACUCCGCUCUACACAGCCCGAGUACUGCAGGAGGACAAAGACCACUGGGAUGAAGUCAAGGAGGAGAUGACUAGUGCCCUGGCCACCAUUCGGGUGGACUAUGACCAGGUGAAGAUCAAAGACCUGAAGACCUCUAAUAACCGGCUACUCAACAAGCGGAGAAAAAAACAGGCAGGCAGCUCCUCAACUUCACAGGGCUGCAAUAACCAGUAGUCCAUGGGGCCUUGCAGGAGCCAGGCCUCUCAGCCUGGGUGACAGACUGCAUUAUGUGAGGCUACACUGGAGCCCUCAGGCUCAUUCUUUUUUGUUUGAUUUUUUUUUUUUUUUUUUUUUUUUUGGGACAGGAUCUCACUGUCACUCAGAAUGGGCUUGAAUUCACUAUGUAGCCCAGGCUGGCCUUGAACUCAUUGCGACCAUCUUGCCUCAGUCUGAAUGCCAGGAUUACAGGUGUGUGCCACCACAUCUGGCAGGGUAACAAUGGAUUAUUUUGUUGUGUUUUGCUUGGAACUUUGAGUUGGAAGACCCUGACCCAAAAUCUUCAGAGCCCCAGCUCAGGCUCUGGCCUGAGAGAGAGGUAGGGCUUUGUCCCCUGCUGAAUCAAAGCACUUUUGGCCAGGUGAAUAUGUGCCUUGGGGGCAUGAGUUUAGCCUUUGCUGAAUCAAAGCACUUUUGGCCAGGUGAAUAUGUGCCUUGGAGGCAUGAGUUUAGCCUUCUAGGCCACUGGGAAGUAUGGCUGGGUUUCCUUUCUUCAAAGGAGACACCCCUCUGCUGGUGGACAGAUAGACUUGGCUCUGAGAAAGACAUCCGGCCAUUGGUUGCCAUGGUGAUCAGGGAUAAUGUUGGUCCCUGAAUGCUGAGUAUGUAACAAGAGCGGGAGGAAGAAUAACCAGGAGUCUACCUCUGUCUUCUUGGGGAGUCUGGUCUCUCACUGGCUUCCUCCCACAAGCUCACCCCACUUUGGUCUCUCUGAGGCUGUAGGGUCUAGCUUGCCUGCCUCUUUUAGUGGUCUGGCCCUGUCUUGCUGCAUCCCAAAUCUAAAUGGCACUCAGAGCUUUCUCCCAAGGAGUCCUUGGGUCAGGCCUUCUACCACUACCCACUACUCAAAGGGUGGUUUCUCAUCUCAACCAAAAGUGGGAACAUCUUUAACUGUUUCCCACUUUGGAAAAUAUCACUGUGACAAAAGUCUCCAGGCCUACCUCACCAGAUCUGCCCUUGCCACAUCCCAGAUAGGAAAGCCCUUCUGCUAAUAGCAGGGGCUGUGCAUUGGUAUGCUUUUGUGAGAGAGUGUGGUUGGAUUCCCAUUAAUCAGGCAUCUCUUUCCAUGCUUUAGGUCAGACCUGAGGUAGUAAAGGGCUGCUGAGUCAUACUCAGAAAGUCUGAUCCUGGCUUCAACCUGAGUUGGAGCAGAGAGGGCUCUUCCUGGCUGAUUCAGGGUUAUCUAGCCCCAUCCCACCCAGAGCAUACUUGAGGUGCUUACUUGAUAAUAGGCCUGACAAGUGCCUGACACUCAGCCUAGUACUUGGUUCCUGGCCUGUCUCACUGGCUGGGAAACCCUAGACCAGUGAUGGUGAACCGUUUAGUGCUUUCAGUGAUACAAACAACCUGCUAUGGCAUGGCGUGCCAUAGGUUCACCACCAUUGUUCUAGACCAUGUCAUCCAGGACAGUGCUGCCAGGUUUUAUAUCCAGAUAUUAAUAAACAUCAUUUUGACACUUUC